AUGGACGAGAAGCAUUUACCAAGCUACGAUGAGGCGGUGAAGGGCGGACGGCCGCCACCAGGUUGGGGGCCGCGGCCAGAGCGGCCGCCGUACGGCGGGCGUCCGCCGCCAGCGCCGCGGCCUCCGCCGGGCCCACAACCGCCGCCUAGCGGCCCACGUCCUGCGUUCGGCAAGCAUCUGCCGUGGGCGUACCCGCCAGGCUACUACUGCCAGAAGUGCGCGAACACGGGGUACAAGCUGAAGAACGGGCACCAGUGCCGGAGGUGCUGGCUGCAAUUCCACGACAAUCGUGUGCAGCCCAUGCCGAUAGUGCCGGUCGCUCCGGCGCCGGUUCCCUACCUGCAGCCGGUCCACGUGCCGGUGAUGAUGCCGAUGGUGAGGCAGAUGUAUGCGCCGAUGCCUCCCGCGGCUGUGGUACGGCCGGGCGACCCAGCACUUGGGGGCUACCCGUGCCCAGAAUGCAAGGGACGGGGCCAGGUGCGAUUUCUGCUGGACAAGGAGCCCUGCACCAUGUGCCACGGCGUCGGCCGCGUGUACUAG